AUGAGUACGAUUGAGUUUGACAAUAUCUUAACACAUUUAGAUAAGUAUGAGACGUCCAUAGAAAAUUACCUGAUACACCAAUCUAAUUGUCUCCUGCAGAGUUGGGAACCCAAUCAGUUUUUGGCUUACCAGGAACCUCCCGUUCAGGUCAAACAACCUAGUAUUCGUAUUUGGGAAUUUUUGGAAGAGAAAAACUUGAAAGAGUUUCUACUUUUACAGAAGAAAUACGAUAUCAGAAAAUAUAUCGAUUCGUGUGUUGGCAAAAGUCGACCCAAAGGAAAAGCUAGAAAGAUUUUUGUGGAACUAAUGUAUAAUGUCACAAAAUUUUGUAAAACAUCGGAUUACAAUUUAGAAAAAACUGGUGCUUUAUUAUCCCAGUUUUACUUGACGCACUUGUUUUUCACCAGUAAGCUGGACAUAUCGGCGGAAAAAGUGUACACUUACUUUAAAGAUCUCACCAUGUGCCACAGCUUACCGUUCCCUCCGAAUAGUACCAAGAUAUUUUCUCACAGAGAAACAAAGGACGUCAUGGAGUUGUUCUGUAAGUUAUAUUUACGAAACCUCCCGUUGAUCAGGUUUACGAGUCUGCCAAAUUUUGCUUUUUACUUAAACUUUGAGCUCGAACCGGAACCUGAUCUAAGUAAGAAACCGAAAAAGGCAAAACCGGAAAAAAAGGAAGAUAAGAUAGAAAGCAAAAAGGAAAGCAAGAAAGGAAGCAAAAAAUAA